UCUAUUUAUCUUGGUAAAUGUCCGGACAUGCCUGCUGUGUCUAUGGCAACAGACAUGGACGUAUGUGAUUGUUCUAGUACAACUGCAGAUUGUGGUUACUAUGGGGAAGUGAGGACUUGUGGGAUAGCUAAAGAUUUUAGUCGAGGUAUGGAUAAAACCGAUUAUUUGAAGACUAUGAGUAUGUUCCCACAGUACUGUGAUCCAGACUCUACCAUACCUAAACCAGGUGUCUUCAAAGAUUGUGACACAACUAUUGACAAGGCUGCGACUUGGCAAGGUGUGUGGACAGAAGACAUAGCCAUGUCAUACUGUAAGAAUCAGACCGAUCGUGUCAUCCAAGAAUGUGGAGGUGUGGUAGACUUCAUGACAGAGGACAUCGAUAACUGUGUACACAAUAUAAAGGUAAGUGGCAUUACUGGGUGGCUUACUGUAAGAAUCAGACCGAUCGUGUCAUCAAACAAUGUGGAGGUGUGGUAGACUUCAUGACGGAGGACAUCGAUAACUGUGUUCACAAUAUAAAGGUAAGUGGCAUUACUGGGUGGCUUACUGUAAGAAUCAGACCGAUCGUGUAAUCAAACAAUGUGGAGGUGUGGUAGACUUCAUGACAGAGGACAUCGAUAACUGUGUACACAAUAUAAAGGUAAGUGGCAUUACUGGGUGGCUUACUGUAAGAAUCAGACCGAUCGUGUCAUCAAACAAUGUGGAGGUGUGGUAGACUUCAUGACAGAGGACAUCGAUAACUGUGUACACAAUAUAAAGGUAAGUGGCAUUACUGGGUGGCUUACUGUAAGAAUCAGACCGAUCGUGUAAUCAAACAAUGUGGAGGUGUGGUAGACUUCAUGACGGAGGACAUCGAUAACUGUGUU